AUGUCACAUAUCAAUCUCUACUCUCUUCCAACUGAUCAAAAGAACAUGAUUCGAUGUCGAUUUUGUGUGAAAGUCUACAAAAUUGACAAUGGAUCUAGUGGUUUUAUCCGUCAUCUUCGGUGCAAACAUCCGGAUUCUCUUUUUCAAAUGGGUGGCUCUCCCACUGAUAAUUAUUCUGGAAAAGAGCAAAAACUGAUUCAUAAUGAUUCGUUUAUAACUGAAGCUCCGCCCACUGAAAAUAAUAAUGACAUUGAUAUGGAAUUAGAAGGAAAUAACGAUGUUUUGUCCAUAAUGAUGCAAGAUAUGACCACGAGUCAGUUCAUUGCAAAUUUCAUGAACCAAGCGGAGUUUGAUGGUGAUGAAGAAAUUAAUCGAGUAGUGGAUAAACGCCCUCGAAUUUCUCAAACUUCAGUCAGCACAUCGUCAACUUCGAAUCUUCUGGAAACUAAUGAAGAACAAGAGCUUAAAUUGUUCGAUAAUCCACUUCACAUAUUUCUCAAUGACAUCAAUAAAUUAGCCGAACAAAAUGGAGAGUUCUCGGAGGCUAAUGAAGAAUCCAGCUCAUCAGCAAGUGCAGUAGACAUUUCGACUUCUACAAAAGGAUCUAGAGAACCUACUCCCAUAUAUAAGUCGGAUAACAUGGAAUCGCCACAAGUUUUCAACCCGUUGACCCCAUUUGGAUGUGUUUUCUGCCAAGCAUCCUAUCACCGAAUCAAAGACCUCACGAUCCAUUUGAACCGCGUCCACAGUACUCGUUAUCGCUGUAACUGCUGUUUAGCCCAGUUUGUGCAACCUCAACAUCUUGAACACCAUUAUUCCACCUGCCACGUCAUCGAGACACUAGGAAAACAGGAAGUUAUGAAUAAUCAAUGA